AAUAAUCGUUCAAAUAAACAUGACUCGUGAGAACGCGCCUUUAGAAAUCCAUGUUGGAAUUGCACUUCGUCGUCUAUUCUUCCAUGACGCGUCUAGAAUGUUCUCGGCUCAUCGUUACUCAGCUCCAUGAAUGGUUGAGCGGGUAUUGUGCAACUAUAAUAUACGUACGCGUCCGUAUCCCCACUUUUGUUCAUCAUCAACGUUCUGUACGUACACUGACGCGAUAACGUUCAUUGCUCUGCCAUUUUGCUCCUGAAUUCAGAACUGAUCGCAAGUCUUUAUACUACAAGACUUCAUUCAUUCAUUCCUAUAUUCAUAAAACAGUACUCAAUUUCACAUUAAAAUGGAUGCUAAAACUCCAGCAGUAGGUAUCGAUUUGGGUACCACCUAUUCAUGUGUAGGUGUUUUCCAACAUGGUAAAGUGGAGAUCAUUGCCAACGAUCAAGGAAAUCGUACUACACCUAGUUAUGUUGGUUUCACUGAAACUGAACGUCUCAUUGGUGAUGCUGCCAAAAACCAAGUUGCCAUGAACCCUAACAACACAAUCUUUGAUGCCAAGCGAUUGAUUGGAAGACGUUUUGAAGAUUCUACUGUACAAGCUGAUAUGAAACAUUGGCCUUUUGAAGUAAUCAGUGAUGGUGGCAAGCCUAAAAUCAAAAUUUCAUACAAAGGAGAAAAUAAAAUUUUCUCUCCUGAAGAGGUGUCUUCCAUGGUUUUAACUAAGAUGAAGGAAACUGCUGAAGCCUAUUUGGGAAAGACUGUUACUAAUGCCGUAAUUACUGUUCCUGCUUAUUUCAAUGACUCGCAACGUCAAGCUACUAAGGAUUCCGGUACCAUUGCUGGUUUAAAUGUCAUGCGUAUCAUCAACGAGCCCACAGCUGCUGCUAUUGCUUAUGGUUUAGAUAAGAAAACGUCUGGAGAACGUAAUGUUCUCAUUUUUGAUUUGGGUGGUGGUACUUUUGAUGUUUCCAUUUUAACCAUUGAGGACGGAAUAUUUGAAGUAAAAUCAACUGCUGGAGAUACUCACUUGGGAGGUGAAGAUUUUGACAACCGAAUGGUCAAUCACUUUGUUCAAGAAUUCAAACGUAAGCACAAAAAGGAUGUAACUACCAACAAGAGGGCUUUAAGACGUUUGAGGACUGCCUGUGAACGUGCUAAGCGUACUCUUUCUUCAUCCACUCAAGCCAGUAUUGAAAUUGAUUCAUUGUUCGAAGGAGUUGAUUUCUAUACUUCAAUUACUCGUGCUCGUUUUGAAGAAUUGAAUGCUGAUCUAUUCCGUAGCACCAUGGAGCCAGUUGAGAAAUCGCUGCGAGAUGCUAAAAUUGACAAAUCUGCCAUCAAUGAUAUUGUAUUGGUGGGAGGUUCUACCCGUAUCCCUAAGGUUCAAAAAUUGUUGCAAGAUUUCUUCAAUGGCAAAGAACUGAACAAGUCAAUUAAUCCUGAUGAGGCUGUUGCUUAUGGUGCUGCAGUACAAGCAGCUAUCUUGCAUGGAGAUAAAUCUGAAGAAGUACAAGACCUUUUGUUGCUUGAUGUUACCCCUUUGUCUUUGGGUAUUGAAACUGCUGGUGGUGUGAUGACUGCUCUAAUCAAGCGUAACACAACUAUCCCAACCAAACAAACUCAAACUUUCACCACCUAUUCUGAUAACCAACCUGGUGUAUUGAUCCAAGUGUACGAAGGAGAACGUGCCAUGACUAAAGACAAUAAUUUGUUGGGAAAAUUCGAGCUAACUGCUAUUCCUCCUGCACCACGUGGUGUUCCACAAAUUGAGGUCACUUUUGAUAUUGAUGCUAACGGUAUUUUGAAUGUCAGUGCCAUUGAAAAGUCUACCAAUAAAGAAAACAAGAUUACUAUCACCAAUGACAAAGGACGUUUGAGCAAGGAAGACAUUGAGCGUAUGGUAAAUGAUGCUGAAAAAUACAAGAAUGAAGAUGAACAACAAAAGAAUGUGAUUGCUGCCAAAAAUGGUUUGGAAUCUUACUGCUUCAACAUGAAGAGUACAAUGGAAGACGAAAAAAUUAAAGACAAAAUACCAGACACUGACAAGACAAUAAUUUUGGACAAAGUCAGUGAUACUAUCAAAUGGUUGGAUGCCAAUCAACUGGCCGAAAAAGAUGAAUAUGAACAUAAACAAAAAGAAUUAGAAGCUAUUUGCAACCCAAUCAUCACCAAAUUGUAUGCUGGUGCUAGUGGUGGUGGUAUGCCAGGAGGCAUGCCUGGAGGUAUGCCUGGAUUCCCAGGAGCAGGACCUGGUGGUGCUGGUGGACCUGCCUCAGGUGCUGGUUCAGGAGCUGGCCCUACAAUUGAAGAAGUUGAUUAAACUGUUUAAUUCCAUCACAUUCCUUGCCAUGGUAAAAACACCAGUAAAUGAUAAAUGAUAUUUUUUUUUGUACUGUUUCAUUUACUUAUCAAAUAAAAAAUAAACAACCAUAAAUGAUGAA